AUCUUGUUGUUUAACGGUCAAAUGCAAGAUGGUAGUGGGGAUUAUAUCUCACUUUACAUUAAAGAUCGUAGGGUCGUCUUUCAGUAUGAUAGCGGAUCAGGUGCUGCAGUAAUUACUGGCACAAGUGAAGUCAAUGCAGGACAGUGGCACACGUUGGUUGCCGAGCGCAAUCGCCGAGAUGGUUCUUUAGAGGUUGAUGACAAUGAAGCCAUCAAGGGCCAGUCACCAAAGGGCUUAAGUGGACUUGACGUCCGACUUAAAAUAUUUGUUGGUGGCGUGGAUAAUCCCCAACAAAUUCCGUCCAAAAUCACAGUUACUGAAAGCUUCAAGGGUUGUAUAGCAGAGAUCAAAAUAGGUGACAACAUUCUGGAUAUUCUUGAUAAUGUGCGCAGUGCUGAUAUUGGUGACUGCAGUGCUAGGGCACCCUGUCAGAGUAGUCCAUGCCAGAACAACGGUGUAUGCACACCAGCAGGGUUGGAUGAUUACUACUGUAUAUGUGGGUCAGGCUACCAAGGUAAAGACUGUGAACUUCUACGAGGGCCCUGUGAGACAUAUCCAUGCCAAAAUGGUGGAUCGUGUGUAACUCUUGGUGAAGAAUACAAGUGUUUUUGUCCAAUGGACUUCACUGGGCCAAAUUGCGAACUUGUCAAUGCAUUUACUGAUGCCGUAGAAGUGUCAAGAGAUGGGUUCAUUGCAUUGAGAAGCGAUCUAAUACCAAGGAAGUAUGUACACUGA